UUAGGGUUCGCCUGACGACGCUGCGCUCUCGGGUAUUUCGCCGGAAACCAACGCCGCGUGAGGACGCACGCAUUUUUCUUCAGUAGUCUCCUCGUCGUGCUUCUCUCUUUUUUAUAAACGCGUCCAUUAUUAUUACUACUCGCAAUCGUACUGUUAAAUACACGUUCGCGCAUUACCAGUAUAUACAUACAAUAUAUAUAUAAAUAUAUUUGUAUAAACCAUAAAUAUACAUCGGUAUAUAUUAUAUAUAUACCAAACCAACCAAGUUAUUAAUUAAAUAAAUAAAUAUUUAUUUAAAAGUAAAUUUUUUAUCACGCGUUUAAAAAAACACAAAUACGAAAAUGAGUACCAAUGAUAAAGAGCCAGUGAACGUUGAGAAGAAGACGGAAAACGACAAGCCAACUGGGGACGCGAAAUGCGAUCUCAAAGGGAUCAAGAGGGCGGCAGAAGAAAAGAAUGAGGACACAAAAAAACCAAAGAGGCAAGAGAACGGCGGUGAUAAUGACGUAGAAAACGAAGAUCACGAAGACGACGUCGACGAUGAAGAAGAAGACGCUGAAGCCGAAGGCGAAGAAGAAGACGAAGUUGACAAUGAAGUUGACGAUGACGACGAGAACGAGGAGGAAGAAGAAGUCGAAGAAAACGAAGACGAGCCCGAUGAUGACGAAGAUGAAGACCAAUCAUAAAUAAAAUAAAUAAUAAAAAUUAAAUAAUAAAGAAAAAAAAGUUAAUAAGUUACUGUUAAGUAAGUAAAGGAGGCACUGGCAGAUAGCGCCAUCGUCAAUCACAAAAAUAUUUACAACUAAAACAAUAACAGUAACAAUAUUCAUAAAUUUAUAAUAUAAUUAUUUUAUUUAUUUUGUCUUCACUAAACGGUUGAUAUCAAUGUUGACGUCUAUCAUGUCCGUAAAAAAAUAAAAUAAAAACCAAUCUGUCAAAUCCUCCUGGUCGAAAACUAACAGGGAAUAAUAUUAAUAAUUAAUAAAUAAAUAAUAGUAAUAAUAAUAAUAAUAAAUUGAGGCAAUAAACAGAAUUGUAGUGCGCUGAUAUUUGUUGUCAAUAAUCACACAAUUACUGAUCUCGGCUCAUUGCAAUUCUGUUAAUUUUUAAGUCUCAUCAACCGAUUAUUUUUAAAAAUUCAAAUUGAUACGUCUAAAUGUUUAUUUAUUCAUAAAUUCGUAUUCAAUGUUGUGUAAUAAUUUUUCUCUCAUCGUUAAUUGAUUAAUCAAUAAUAAUUUAAUUUAAAAAAAAACUAAUGAUAAAUAAAUAAAUUUAAAUUAUUAAAUACGAAUUUAAUUUAAAAAUAAACAUUUUGAUUAUCGUAUCAAAAUUUAAUUACUUGGUAUUGUAAUAAUUGCGACAUUUUUUGCGAGACAGUUUUAUAACAAAACAAUUAAUAAAAAUAACAACAAAAAAUAAAACUUAUUUAAAUAAAUAUAACAAAAUAAAAUAUACAAAAAAAAGUUCUAUUGUAUUUAAAUAGUGUAAAAUGAACAUUUGUGAAUGAUGAUGAUGAUAAUGAUGAUGAUUUUUUUUUUUUAUUACAAUUAAAAUCAAAUUACGUUUGUAGGUCGACGAAUGUCUCCAUCACAUUAUUAUUGUGCGCGUGACUGAGUUUUAAUAAAUAAUUAAUAAAAAUAA